AUGGCGAGCGAAUCAAAGCCCUUCUUCCCUCUUUUUUGGCUCCUCUUCUUCCACCUCGCCCUUUUUCCUUCCUCCUUUGCCCUCGAUUUUCUCUUCAAUUCCUUCAAUGCCACUGCCGCUGGCCUCCUCGAGCUCGUCGGCGACGCCCGCGUUGACUCCUCCGUCAUCCGAUUCACCAACGACACCAACCAGUUCUCUAUCGGCCGGGCCUUUUACCGAUCUAGAGUUCCCAUGAGACCCACCUCGAACUCGACCUCGACCUCGAUUUCGUCGUUUUCGACCUCAUUCGUGUUCUCGAUCCUGCCAGAGAUCAGCUCCAGUCCCGGCUUCGGCCUCGUCUUCGUCCUCUCUAACUCAACGGAACCCGCCGGUGCUCUGUCGGGUCAGUACUUGGGGCUCUUCUCCAACGCCACUGUACCCACUGUUGCCCCGCUACUCGCCGUCGAGUUCGACACGGGUCGGAACCCGGAGUUCAAUGACCCCAACGACAAUCACGUCGGCGUUGACCUUAACAACGUUGAAUCGGCGGUCACUAAAAAGGCCGGCUAUUACAACUCUUCCAGCAGCGGCGAUCUCAUCCCGCUGGACAUGCGAAAUGGUCAGAACGUACACGCUUGGAUCGAAUUCGACGGGUCUCGGCUCGAAAUCAACGUCACCAUCGCCCCUGUCGGAGUGUCUCGCCCGCCGAAACCUUUGCUCAGUUACAGAGCCCCGGCGAUGGCCAAUUAUUUGUCUUCCAAAAUGUACGUCGGUUUCUCUACGUCGAAGACUACUUGGGUCGAAGCGCAGAGGCUCUUAGCGUGGAGUUUCAGUGACACGGGCCUUGCCAGAGACAUCAAUACCACGAAUUUGCCAGUUUUCACGCUCCAUACUUCGUCGUCUUCGUUGUCCUCCGGAGCUAUUGCCGGUAUCGUUAUUGCCUCUCUUUUCGUUUUUUUUCUGGCCUUAGGUGUUUUUUACUGGUAUUUCUGGAGGAAGAAUAAGACGAGAGGAGAAGAGGAUGUGAUUGAAGACUGGGAGCUCGAGUACUGGCCCCAUAGAUUCUCGUACGAAGAGCUCAGCCAAGCCACCAAUGGUUUCUCCAAAGACGAACUGCUUGGAGCGGGAGGAUUCGGCCGAGUUUACAAAGGAAGAGUGGUCAAUAACACCGAAGUCGCCGUGAAGUGUGUGAGCCACGAUUCGAAGCAAGGAUUGAGAGAAUUCAUGGCGGAGAUAUCGAGUAUGGGCAGGCUUCAACACAAGAACUUGGUCCAAAUGCGAGGUUGGUGCCGGAAGGGAAAUGAAUUGAUGCUCGUGUACGAUUACAUGCCCAACGGAAGCCUCAAUCGAUGGAUUUUCGAUAAGCCCAAGAAGGUGAUGAAUUGGGCAGGCCGGCGGAGAGUCCUCGCCGACGUCGCCGAGGGGUUAAACUACCUCCACCAUGGCUGGGACCAGGUGGUGAUCCAUCGGGACAUCAAAUCCAGCAACGUUUUGCUGGAUAGCGAGAUGCGAGGAAGAUUGGGCGAUUUUGGGCUGGCCAAGUUGUACACUCAUGGCGAGGCGCCGAACACGACGCGGGUGGUGGGAACGCUGGGGUACAUGGCACCGGAGUUGGUGACGAUGGCGACCCCCACGGCGGCGAGCGACGUGUACAGCUUCGGGGUGGUGGUUCUGGAGGUGGCGUGCGGGCGGCGGCCGAUAGAGACGGCGGCGAAGGCAGAGGAAGAGGAGCUGCUGAUUGAGUGGGUGAGGGAUAAGUACGUGGAGGGGAUGGUGGCGGAGGUGGCGGACGGGAGGAUCCGAGGAGAGUACGCGGCGGAGGAGAUGGAGGCUGUGCUGAAGCUGGGCUUAGCCUGCUGUCACCCUGACCCUGUCCGCCGCCCCAAUAUGAGGGAAGUCGUGGCGGUUUUAGUCGGCGAUGAGGUGGCUGUGCCGAGGGUUUUGUUGCCGGAAUUAGCUCAGGACGGCGGCGGUGAUGUGGCCAGAGAGGAGGCGUCACUACUCCAAAUUCCGGUUUGAAUCCAACUUUGCUGUGUGCAUUUCAAAACUUCCACGGUGAAAUUUGUUUUCUUGAUUCUGGGCAUCGACUGUAAAUCAGUUUUGUUCAUUUGAUUGAUCUGUACAAGAAAAUCUAGAGAAAAAUCUUGGCAUGCUUGUUUCUUUACAUAGGCUAAGGCUGAUGUCUAGAAGAAUGAAGAAAGAAAAUUCAGGCCUAAGUUUUAAGUUA